AUGACUGAUGCUCAAAAUUUCAGCGAACCUCCUCCGUCUUAUCAAGCAGCUAUGGCAUAUCCAGGUGCUUCACUCCCAUAUCCACCUAAUCCUAACAGUGCAUCUUUCCCGAAACCUCCAUAUGGUGCUGUACCGCCAUGCUAUAGUCCAGUUUCUCCAGUCACCACUCAACAGUUUCCCACUCCACCACCAUUAGGAAUUAUAAAUGUGACUGCUGCACCAGCAUCAGAUUCCAUGCGGGCGCCACUUGGAAAUUGUGCUUAUUGUAGAGUUGGUGUUGUUUCCGGACAAACGGAUCUCUGCUGCUUAAUCUGCUUGAUCAUUUUAGCAAUAUGUACAUUUCCAGUUGGUUUGAUUUUUUUGUGCUUCGUUCCAUGUACGGUUCAUAAACGGUGCAGCCACUGUCACAGGAUUGGUUAG